AUGUAUCCGCAUCGCAAGCAAGAGUAUACACACAUAUACGUAUCUAUCUAUCUAUCUAUCUAUCUAUCUAUCUAUCUGACUGUUAUAUUGUAUUAUCUAUCUAUCUAUCUAUCUAUCUAUCUAUCUAUCUAUCUAUCUAUCUAUCUAUCUAUCUAUCCCAGUCUGUUCAUUAUCUAUCUAUCUAUCUAUCUAUCUAUCUAUCUAUCUAUCUAUUAUCUAAUUUUUGACGCCAAUAUCUAUCUAUCUAUCUAUCUAUCUAUCUAUCUAUCUAUCUUUUUGAAAUUAUUGAUUCAUCUUUCUUAUAUUAUUACUUUUUCUUUCUUUUUGGAACUCAAAGUACUUAUUUCUUUCUUUCUUUCUUUCUUUCUUUCUUUCUUUCUUUCUUUCUUUUUUCUUUCUUUCUUUCUUUCUUUCUUUCUUAUAUUAUUGCUUCUUUCUUUCUUUCUUUUUUAUAUCAUUGCUUCUUUCUUUUAUUUUUGCUCUUCUCUUUCUUUCGCUCUUUCUUUCUUAUAUUAUUUCUUUCUUUCUUUCUUUCUUUUUCUUUCUUUUAACUUUGCUUCUUCCAUUUUUUAUUUUUUUAUAUUAAUGCUUCUUUCCUCUUUCCUUCCUUCUUUCUUUCUUUCUUCCUUUUUCUUUCUUUUAUUAUUGCUUCUUUCUUUUUUUCUUUUCUUAUAUCAUUGCUUCUUUCUUUUAUUUUUGCUUCUUCUACUCUUUCUUUCUUCCUUUCUUAUAUUAUUGCUUCUUUCCCCUCUUUCUUUCUUGAUUGCUUUUUCUACGUUCUUUCUUUCUUUCUUUCUUUCUUUCUUAUAUUAUUGCUUCUUUCUUUCUUUUUUUUUUCUUAUAUCAUUGCUUCUUUCUUUUAUUUUUGCUUCUUCUACUAUUUCUUUCGCUCUUUCUUUCUUAUAUUAUUUCUUUCCUUCUUUCUUUUUCUUUCUUUUAACUUUGCUUCUUCCAUUUUUUAUUUUUUUAUAUUAA